ACCCCUAAUGACUUACAUGAAGCAUAAAGGAGCACUGGGUGACAGUUUUGAAAUUCAAAAAAGUCCAUACUACAUAGAAAAUCCAUUUGCUCCAGAUAAAUCCAAGUCUGAAAAGAACGUUAUAGAUAUUUCUAGUCCUGGAUUUUUCUCUAGACCUGAACCGAAAAAAGAACCAGAAGAGGUAGACACAAGAUGUGCAGCAGAAAAACUUAUAGAGAAGAUAGAGAGUGGUAUAAAUAGGGUUGGAACUGUGGAGAAAGUUCAUCUUGGCAAAGAACCAUCUUCUCAAUCCCAGAAAACAGUAUUCCCUAAAAAUGGAUCUGGUGAAGACAAAUUUACUGUAGAAUCUUUAAUGUCAAUUCUAAAUAGCUCUAGUUCAGGGAAGAGUUUAGCCACUCCCACUCAGCAGCAGGGUAAACAGAAAACUUCAACACCAGGUAACCAGUCUGCCUUUGGUCUUGAAACUAGUCUAGGUCAAUUUGGUGAUUUUCAAAUUCAGCAUUCACUUUUAGAUAGCUUGUGUUCUGGACUGGUUCAAGCAUUAACACCAAAAGGAGUUUCAAUGACAAAGGAUGAGUAUGAUAAACUUCUGAACACACUAAAUGCAAUGGAUUCUGAAGAUGAAGAGGAUGAUCUAGUUGAAAAUGGUAUGAAUGAAAAUAAUGCAGCAUAUGAGGGGAUAAAGUGUAAUAUAGAUUUCUCUGAACUGGAGAAAGCCUCUACAGGUUUCAAAAACUUGAAUCAGAAACUUCUAUUAAAACCCAUUCAAAUUGACGAUGAAGACGUAAUGGCAAAAUUGUCAAAGUCAGCUAGGAAAAAAUUACGUAGAAGAGAGCGAAAAAGAGAGCAAGAGUUAGAAAGUAUAGCUCAGAUGAAAAAUGUUUCUAAAUCUAAAGGAAAGACGAAAAAUAUGACACCUGAACAGAGUUCAAGGAGAAAUUCAGUAAAAUCAAACAAUUCGGAUAGUAGCAGUUUGGAUAAAAAGAUGGAUAAAAGAAAAAACAAAAAAGAAAAUGGUGAUCAAAAUAUAUUACAGACAAAGAGUGAAAGGAAAGUUAAACUGGAUACACAAAGCGUUAACAAAACAAAUCUCAAAAACAAUGAUAAUUCUCCUAGCGUAAACAUGCCCAGAAAUAAAAAUUUGCUACCAGAUAAAGAUAAUAAAACCUUUGAAAAUCCACCUGAAGUAACAGAAGAAAACAAUCAAAUGUUAAAGAAGAAGAAAAAGAAGAAAAAAGUUAAGAAAGCUUCACCUGUAAUUGAUAUAUCAGCUGAUGAUAGUAUUCUUGAUUAUAAAAAGGUCAGCUCUUGUGCUGAAUACCUUAGAAAAGCAUUAGAAAACAACCAAAGAAAGUCAAGCGAGAAUAAAAUAAUCAAAGCCUCUCCAUUCAUGGAUGUAUCUGCAGAUGAUACUCUGCUUGAAUUGGAAGGACUUUCUUGUAAAGUUAUCGGAGAUGAGCUAGACUCUGAUCUAGAAAUCAAACUGAAAAAGAAAAAAAGACUAUCAAAGGAGAAAUUGUGUUCAAAGUAUGGAAUUAGUCAAACGUGUUCUUUAGACAAAGAGCCUGUCCUUUCUAUUAAUGAUAUGCUGAAAAAUGAAACUGAUCAUGCUGAAUCUGUUGAGUCUAGGGGUUGUAAAUGUGAAGGAAAUUUGGAGCAAAACGGUGAUGACAUUGAAAAGGUAAUUGACAAUAGUGAAAAAUUUGAUGGGCAUUCAGAGAAAGUAAUACAUGUUGAAGACACCGUAGAGAAAGAUUUAUGCCAAGUUAGAUCUCCUCCUGAAAAUGAAUUGGAUGAUGCUUUGAAUGUACAGAGCAGUGUAGAGUUUGUUCCUAAUGAAAUAGAAAUUGAUGGUAAUUUAGUUAAGGAUGAGAUUAAGGUAAAUAGCAGUGCAGCUAAAGAACUUAUCAGGGACUUUAAAUAUUUUGAUGAUGCUGAAGAUUCAUUGGGAAAAAGAAAUGACAUGGUUGUACCUGAAAUAUCUGAAAACAUACCAGAAAACAGGGUAGAUUUUCAGGUAUCACCUAAUGCUGUAGAUAAUGGAAGUGCAAAUAAAGAAGAAUCAAAGCAUGAAAAGGUGAACAUUGGAAAUAGCAAAAAAUCAAAAGAAAACAAAGAUAGAGACGAUGAUAGCGAUGGAUCUGAAAAUAUUGUAAAUGAUAUUGAAUCUUUGAAUGGAUAUGAUAAAGACAAUAGUGUUAUGCAUAAUGUGGUGCUUGACAAUUUAGAUACGGAUAAAACAGGAGAUACAAGAAAUGAUGCAAUGGGUUCUGUUGGAGAUGAAGAUGACAUUGUUGAAGGUAUAGAAAUUGCAAAUGAUUUUGUGGCUUUAAAUACAUAUCAUGAAAAUGGCAAAGAUUUGCAUGAUGUAGAUGUUGAUAGGGCUACCUCUGAUGAUGAUAAGGUUGAGAGGGUAAUUGAUGCAAGUAAUGAUGUAGUGGUGCUAAAUGGAAAAGAAAAUGCAAAUUGUGUCACUGAUAAAGCUUCUGCUGCUGAUAUUAAUAACAAAUGCAAUGGUAUGGAUAAUGAAUAUGAGGCAAAAUAUGGAACAGUUGUUGGUAAAAUGGAAAGCGAAAGCAAUGUAGAAGUUGAUGUUAGAUCUGAAAGUGAUACAGCUGCACUUUGUAUAAAUAAGGAUGUUAAAGAUCUUCAUAAAGUGAAGGUAGAAAUGAAUGAUCUGACUGCAUUGGGUACUGGCUUGAGUGUUUCAAAUCAUAUGAAUGACAUUGGUGCUUGUGUGAAUGGCAGGGUAGAAGAAAAUGUUCAACAUAUAAUAAAUCUUAAAAGUGACGUAAAUGGUGUGGAUAGAAAACAGACAUUUAGUUCUGAUUCAUCAGAUGAUGAGGUUGAAAUUAAAAACUUAAAUGGAGAAUUUAAGGAAGAAUUUACUAAAGACUUUGAGGUGGAACAGUUUAACCAAUUGACUUCUAGCAUUGAAAAUUUUGGAGAGAAUGACACAAGUUAUCCUGAGGUGUUCCAGAGUCCAGCUUGCUUGGCUGAUAGGUUAAAACUUCGACUUAGAAAAACUUCGACAAAAAACGUGCUGGAUGCUUUCACAAAUGGAAAAUGACUGUGUGUUUAGUAUUACCUCUACUUACUUUCUUUCAUUUUUAUAACUUUUGGUACAUUUUUUUUUCAUAUUUGUAUAGUAUCCUAGUUCAUAUUUCAUUUACAUUUUGUUUCUUUUUCUUUUUUAAGCAAAAAAGACAGCACCUUUUAGGGUGUUUUGUUAUUUUGUUACAUUUUUAUCUGCUGUAUGAAUAUAGUUAGGAUUGCAAGCUCUUUUUUGUGGCCAUAUCGAGGACUUAACAAACAUGGUUGGUAUUGGGGGAAAAAAAUACAUUGCAAGGUGUCCAACUGGGUAUAUUCUAAAAUUAGCAAACGUACUCGGAACUGUCCUUGAUAGAAACUAUAUUGAUGUAUUUUGAAUAUUUUUCUUUUGAUCAGUAAUCAUCAUAUAUUUCAUUAAUUUGAAGAAACUGUUUAUUUGAUUAAUAAAUCAAGUGUCUAGAAAUUAUGAAAAAAUUAACUCAAAAACUUGGGUCACAACCAUGUUUCAUCAUAUGACACAAGCAGUGGUUAGUUCAAGUUACAGUGGACUCAAAUGUAGUUCAUCUCUCGACUCAAAUGUAGUUCAUAUAAGCUACAAUAUCUCUCCAGGAUCAAGCUUAUGUUUAACCUUAUUUGUUUGUAUGUCAUCCUUCUGUGUUCAUACAUUCAAUUUGCAGCAUCAGUCUUUCUAUAUCUAUUUAACCUUAAAUCUUCUGGAAACAAAAGUGAUCAGCCUUUGCCACCAGUAUAGAAUCAGGCUAGUGUGCAUGUCUGUCCAGUCUGGCCAGGCUCCAUUCUGUUGGAAGCUUAAGUUUUGUAUUUUGAUAUUGAAAUAUCUCGAACUUGGAAUGGAUUGUUUCAUAUUCAAACUUAUACAGACCCAUAUUAUUAUUACCAGACUAUAUUUAAGAAAUAUAGGAAAUCGAGGGUUAAAUAUAAUCAUUUUUCAUUUUAGUUCAUUUUCCCAUAGAUGAGCAACAUGCUGUUCUGUUUAUGUUUUCAUUAUUUGUGCAUUUAGGAAGUAAGUUUUGAUACAAGUUAUUGACUUAUUUAUUUACCUUUGAUGCUCAAUGUUUAGGAAGUACUAUAUAUGCAAAUUGUAAUUUAGAAUUUGUAAUAAUUUCCUCUAAGAAGUACAGGCAUACUAUUGAUGUUGUGGAAAUGAAUUUGGCAUCUGUGUAAGAAGUCUCUUGUUUUAUCCAUUCAGUGUGUAAACUUUUUUUCUUUUACUUUUCUUUCAUGAAAACAUGAAAGUACAAUGAUGUAUAAAACUUGCUUUUUUGAUAAAUGAUUUAUGUUUUGUACAAACCUUUUUCUAAAUUUAUGUUAUUCAUGCUUACACUAUGGCUUUUGCUAUUUACAACAGAACACAUUUGUUUUUAUAAUGGGCAUAAAAUUUUGAAUGAACCUAGCAAGGACCUGUUACGUAGCAUAUUUCUCCUUCUAUAAGCUCCCUUUCUUUUAUAAUUCCAUUUCCCCAGUUUUUGUUGUUUUUUUGAAAAGAUCCCUUGUCAACCCCACCUUGUAUUUUAGUAAUUGAAAGGAUGUAGUAACAGAUUGUUAUUAAAUUCAAUAACAGUUGUAUAUAUGGUUUUUGUUUUUCACUCGACAAGUCUAAUCUGAAUAAACCAGAAAUUGAUAAUUGAAGGUUCAAGAAAUGGAAGCCAGACAAGUUCAUUAAAGAAAUUCAGCAUGUAAAGGGUUAAAUAAGAAAAACUGGGUCCCUAAAAAGCACCAUGUUGAUGUUUUGCACAGCCCCAAAAGGUAGAAAUAUAGAAUGUAUUUUUUAAUAAUCAGGGUUUUCUGUGAUGGUUUGGCUGGUCACAAUAUAUUUUAUGCAGUAUAUUUUCCAUAACCCGACUCGUGUGGAUAAGUUGCCUGUUAUUUCUAGAUUGCAGGGCCUUUUUUCCUUCUAUAGCAGGGGCCUUGAAAAGGACGGCUUCCCCAAAGAAAAAUUCUUAAAAUUCAUGCAGUUUUCCCAAAAUAGUGAAUUUACAGCAAGUUUUUUCUUCCCCUUUUGUAAAGAUACUGUAUAAUUUUCCCAAAAAAUUAAGGGCAUGAAGGGUAGGGCGGCUUCCCCAAUCUGUGAAAAAAAGUCCUGGAGUUGUGCGAGCUAUAUAAGCAUGCUACAAUUUUCGCAGGGCCAUAUAAUUAUAACCUGCGAAGAAUCUUUAUCACUAUUAAUAUGGCAUUAUUUGCAUUUACCGUAGUCUGCUUUUUCUUACCUUUAUUAUUUCAUUUUUGUUGUUGUUGUUGAUAUUUUUCUAGUUUUAUAAAGGUUGUGUCAGUACUGAUAAAAGUAUAAAGUGAUAAUUAUGUUACUCUUUAAAUGCUAUUGGAAUCGUCUAUGUCACUGGAUUAAAGUCUGGUUAACUAGCUCAUUAUACACUUGAAUCAUAUUCUUUGUUGUUUAAUUAUAGCCUUUGGAUUCUGAAACCCCCUUUAAAAUAACUAUGGAUAAUCCCAGUCCAAUGCAGGGCAAAUUCAUUUUUCAGAUUUGGUAAAUUGCAGAGAAACUGUUUAUUACUGAAUUACUGAUUAGUUAUCUAUGAAAGCAGGCCAGAGACCAUAGAAAACAUCUAUAUCACUGGAUAGACUAAAUUCCUCUUUGCCGCUGUAAACAGUUACCAUCUAGCUAGAUAUUCCGGUCUGUACCGGCAGCCAGUGUAAGAUUCUUAUUGUAUACCUGAUCAAACCAAGUAUUUUUUGUUUGGCUAGUUAAUUUGUUUCUCUUUAGAGAUCUCCAAAAUUUUGCAAAAUAUUACAUUUAUACAGAUAGGAUAUGCAUUUUAUUCAUUCCAUGUCAUAAUGCAAAGGAAAGAUUGUAUAAAAAAAGUGUGUGUGUUUUUUUUAUUGACAUGUAUUUUUAUGUCUGUAUAUUUUUUUAUUGUAUGAUAUUUUCCAUGAUGUUGUGCUUGUAGCUGUUUCAAACUAUGAUGAUAUAUAUAUAUAGGCUGAUUGUGGAUAAUGAAGAGUUUGAUAGACCUGUGCUGUGCCGUAUAUCUAUAGCUAGACAUGCAAGCUUACCUGCUGCGCUGUAUUUAGCAAUUUGGUGUUGACACCUAAACUUGAAAAUGUACGGUUCUAAAUUCAAAAAGCCUAAGUAAAUUUUAUAAAUUUAACAGGGUAAAGGUUAAAAUACUAAAAAAAAAUUUGAAAAAAUAAAAUUGUAUCCACUAAAUUGAAGUAUUUGAAGCUUCUAACUAUUUUCAAGUUAGAAGCAUGCCUCCAAAUUCAUGCUAAUUUUCAUGAAAAUUUGGUAUUUAAAAGUAAAAUAUUGUGAAUUUGAACAAAGUAAUUGAAACAUUGCAAACGGCACCUACAAUACAUGUAAAUUACAAAAAAGAGGUCAAAAUAUGCAAAAAUAGCCUUUAUUGAAGAAGUUACCAGUUUAUCAGUCAUUAAUGGCGGAUAACUUAAAUUCUUGAAUCUUUCUCAAAUUGGAUUUUCUUGAAAUGUUUAAACUUGUCUGGAGGCAUGAGGCUUUAAGAACAUCUGUGAAAGAUAAGUCAUGGAAGAAUUUUCAUUUGUUUCGUGUUGGGGAAACUAAUCUGCAUGAUUUUGAAAGGUCAAUGACUCUAGGCAUGUGUUUAACUGGACUUCAUGUAUUUGAUGCCCACUUUCAUCACUGUUACUGUAAUGGGUCAUUAGACCCUUAUAGGUCUUAACGAUUGCUGGUGUCGUUAAGUCAAUAUGUUAUGGCAAUAUUGCUGGUGAAAUUAAGUCAAUAAGUUAUGGCAACAAUACUGGUGUUGAGUCUACAUGUUCUGGCAACAAUAUUGGUGUUGUUAAGUCAAUAUGUUAUGGCAAUAUUACUGGUGUUGUAAUGUCAACAUGUUAUGGCAACAAUACUGGUGUUGUUAAGUCAACAUGUUAUGCCAACACAACUGGUGUUGUUAAGUCAACAUGUUAUGGCAACAGUACUGGUGUAGUUAAGUCAACAUGUUAUGGCAACAGUACUGGUGUAGUUAAGUCAACAUGUUAUGGCAACAGUACUGGUGUAGUUAAGUCAACAUGUUAUGGCAACAGUACUGGUGUAGUAAUGUCAACAUGUUACGGCAAGGUUGCUGGUGUCGUCAUGUCAAUAUGUUACAACAACUUCAAGUAACUGUUACAUUGGUCCAUCUGUACCUAAAAUGUAAUUGUAUAACUUUCAUGUAGUAGAUCUACAUUGUUUAUAUCAUUUAACAUUUGAUGUGUAUUAUUAAAGUGCAGGGUUGAAAUUGUACAUGGUUUUUAUGCUGGUGCUGAAAGUUUUGUUUUUUCUUGUUGUUAAAUGUGUUUAUGUAUGAAUAUGUUUUGAUGUACUUUGCUUUAACCCAUAACUUGCUGGAAGUGAAAUUGACUUUGCCACCAGUAUAGAACCAGGCCAACCUGCGAGUAUGUACAGUCUGAUCAGGCUCUAUGCUGUUGGUAGCUCAGUUUUUGAAUUUUAAUAUUUGAAAUCCCUUUAACCAGCCUUCAUCUUUUACUUUUUUGUUAGAAAAACUGUUCUGCAUUGUUUGCAAACUAAGUACAUGUAUAUCAGUAAUUAUAUCUCGGAAAAGUGCAUUAUAUCACUGUUCAGCAUUUUUUCAAAAAAGCAUCCCAAGCAUUAUUUAUAACUUGUCAGUGAUGUUCGUUUCUAAAAAUAGAAGAAUGGGAAACAACAACUAGUCAGAUUUACUUAUUUAAAUAUUGAGAGCGGACCUGUGAAUUAGAGGUAUCAAGGGGUUUCCUUAUUGUUUAUGUAUCUUACUGUCAGCAAAUUUCAUUUUCUACCUGAAGUCUUUUAAUUUGACAAGACUUUAGUAUGUGAAUUGAUUUAUCUAAAAAUAACAUAUUUAACCUUAAGAAAAGCUGAAGGCCGCUUUAAAGUUAGAUGGGCUGCUUCAAAUUCAAUCCAAGAUAAAUCAAUUACACAAAUUCAGCAGGUAAAGGGUUUAAAACACAGACAAUUUUGAUUUAUGCACAGCGUCUGAAAAAAAUGCAAUGUUUUAAAUAUAUUUAAAAUGAUUGCGAGUCAAAGGUCCAGAGUCCAACACAAAUGCUAGCCUAUUAAUGUUUGGCAGUGACCUGUGUUGUACAAACAAUAAGGAAGUUAGGAAAAAUAGCAACAUAUUUUUACCAAAGAGAAUUAACUUGGAUGGAUUUUGUUCAUGUUUUUUCUUCAUUUUGUACAAGUUUUUUUCAUAUGUGUUUCCAUACCUCUCAUUUAAUGUUUGAUAGAAAAAAAAAGAACAGGGUGAAAUCAUUUCUUAUAAUUGUACUUUGUAGCAUUUUAUUGCAUGAAUUGCCAUUUUUCUCAGUUAAUGAAAAAAAAACUAAACACAAAAAAACAAUGUUGUUCGUAAUAAAAAAGGAAAUAUCAUAAAA